AUGGAUGGCCUUCCUCCAGAAUACGUCAAUGCUAACAAUGCAGGGCGGAUCGUCGGCGUCGUUGGCGCUUUCCACUUCAUUGCUCUGGCAUUCGUCUCGCUGCGUGUUUAUGCUCGCGUGGUAAUCCUCAGGGCCUUUGGAGCCGAAGAUGCCCUCAUAGUGGCUGCCGCCAUACUCGCCCUUGCCUCUUGGGUCUGCCUAGUCCUUCAAAUACCUUAUGGUCUCGGUCGUCAUGGUUCGACAAUCCCGACAAACGACAGAAUCGAAUUCGAGCAGAUAUCUUUCUGGAAGACGGUUCUAUCAGAUGGCGUCGCGAUGGGACUGUUGAGGAUAUCGAUGGCAAUAAGUCUACUUCGACUAAAGAGGGACCUUCAAUGGUACCGAUGGUCGCUUUACGCCGUAAUUGGUAUGUAUGAAUACGAAGUUGUCGCCUCAGAUCCAAGAAUUCGAUGGCUAAAGUCUGUAGGUUUUGUCAUUGCUUACUCGAUUCAAGCAAUUGCUUGGUUGUUCGUUUACUGCACGCCAUAUUCGGGCUGGUGGGAGUUUCAGUGGAUGAACCCCUUCGAUCCAAGGUGUCACGACUUCAAUCUGUUUAUUAAACUGACGUACUGGAAUAUCUCCUGUAACAUAUUUACCGACAUUUGCUUGGGAGCGCUACCGAUUCCCAUCAUCUGGCAUUUGAAGAUGAGAUUCCGCGUCAGACUUUAUGUGAUAGGCAUCCUUAAUCUUGGUUAUUUUGCAGUCAUCAUGGGCAUCCUCAAGGCUGUAUUCAUGUUGACCACAGGUGGCAGUCCAGAUGCCAUAUUCGACUAUUGGGUUCAUUUCUGGCAAAAUCUUCAACUCAACAUCGGUAUCAUCGCAGCUUGCGCCUCUUACCUCAAACCUCUAUUCGGUCGCCUCUUGAAGAUCAACAGCUCAGUCGACUACUAUCCUAGCAACGAACGCUACGGCCGAAGUGGUCAGACGCCCCUUGGCGGCGGUGCCUCUCGCAACACCCCCUACGCGAGCGGUAACAGGAGGACCAGCAGGAUCCCGCUGGAUCGCAGUUUACAUGACGAGUUCGAGAUGCAUACCAAGGACGAGUUCAGUGUAACUGAAAGGUAUGUUUCUGGCACAGGUGCCAGAGCUGACGUGGUGCGCUCGCCGAUCGCUAUGGAAGGCCGAUGUUCCGCUGAAGCUAUGUAUGCUGGUGCUUUGCCUUCCGAUACGAACAGCGAGGAGAUUAUACUACAGAAAGAGCAUGGAAGAGGGAUUGUCUGCACGAGGGACUUUAGUGUCAAGUACAGCGAGAAUGAUAGGUUUGGGCCAGUGGGUUCAUCGAAGUCAUAA